GAGAGAGAGGGAGGAGAGAGAGAGAGGGAGGUGGAGGAGAGCAGACCGGAGAGCGAGCCCGCCCAGCGGAGAGGGGAGGAAGAGAAAGGCCGGAGCUGACUGAGGGUGCGCCGCGGGGACAGGGAUGGGGUGAGGGCAGAGGGAGCAGACAGCGCGGGGGCUGCGAUCCGGGAUCCGAGCGCCGGCAGCUCCGGGCGGCGCUGGCCGGGGAGGCGGCGCGGGCUGCGGGGGAGCGGCGCGCCCAGGUGCCCGCCCGGGAGGCGGGAGGCGGGAGGCGGCGCGGGGCGGGGGCGGCGGCGCCCUCCGGGGACCCUGGCGGCGGGGCCGGGGGUCCCGGGGCGGCGGGCGGGCCCUGAGCGCGCACCAUGAACUCGUGGGACGCGGGGCUGGCGGGGCUGCUGGCGGCCACCAUGGGCGUGUCGCUGCUCGCCAACGCGCUGGUGCUGCUCUGCCUGCUGCACAGCGCCGCCCUGCGCCGCCCCGCGCCCGCGCUCUUCACGCUCAACCUCACGUGCGGGAACCUGCUGGGCACCGUGGUCAACAUGCCGCUCACGCUGGCGGCCGUCGUGGCGCAGCGCCAGCCCGCGGGCGACCGCCUGUGCCGCCUGGUCGCCUUCCUGGACACCUUCCUGGCCAGCAACGCCAUGCUGAGCAUGGCCGCGCUGGGCCUGGACCGCUGGGCGGCCGUGGUCUUCCCGCUGCGGUACCGCGCCCGGGUGCGCCCCCGCGGCGCCGCGCUGCUGGUGGCCUACACGUGGCUGCACGCGCUCGCCUUCCCCGCCGCGGCGCUCGCGCGCUCCUGGCUCGGCUUCCACGCGCCCUCCGCGUCCUGCGCGCUGUGCAGCCGCCGCCCCGACGAGCGCCUGCGCUUCGCCCUCUUCUCCGGCGCCUUCCACGCGCUCAGCUUCCUGCUCGCCCUGCUCGUGCUCUGCGCCACGUACCUCAAGGUGCUGCGCGUGGCGCGCGCCCACUGCCGGCGCAUCGACGUGAUCACCAUGCAGACGCUGGUCCUGCUGGUGGACAUCCACCCCAGCGUGCGCGAGCGCUGCCUGGAGGAGCAGCGGAGGCGGCGCCAGCGGGCCACCAGGAAGAUCAGCACCUUCAUCGGGACCUUCCUCCUGUGCUUCGCGCCCUACGUCCUCACCAGGCUGGUGGAGCUGUCCGCCACGGUGCCCAUCGCCUCGCACUGGGGGGUGCUGUCCAAGUGCUUGGCCUACAGCAAGGCCGCGUCCGACCCCUUCGUGUACUCGCUGCUGCGCCACCAGUACCGCCAGAGCUGCAAGGAGAUCCUGACCCGGCUCUUCCACCGGCGCUCCCUGCGCUCCUCGGGCCUGGCCGGCGGCUCCCACAGCCAGAACACCCUGCCCGUCGCCGAGUGAGGGGCGCCUGCUGCUGGACACGGGAGACGGUGGUGGGCAGCAGGGAGGCGGGGCUCCGGGCAGACCCAGGGCCUCCCGCCACCGCCUGGCAGCCCAGCAAUCCCGGUCCGGCUCCUGGAGGCGGCUUCCUGCUCCGCCGGGGGGGGGGGGGGGGGCCGCUGAGCAGGCCCUGUUAGUCACCGAAGGAGACCCUGGGAUGAGCUGCUCUGAGCUCCUCGACGGGCCAGAGGCUCCCAGAGCUCACAGUCAUGACCAAGGACACGGUGCGGGGGCAGGUGGGGCAGCAUGGGGUCCGCCUGCCCCCUGAGCCCUGGACACGGGGCUCCUUGCUGCCGGGAGUGGUGGCCGCCACGGGACACGGGUCCUGCGGGGAGUGCAGACGGCCAUGGCCGUGGCUGCUCUUCUCCACGCGACAGUGGUGGCUGCUUUAACCCAAAUAUUACUCGGCGUGUCUAACUACCUUGUGCUGGGCUGGGACGCCCUGGUCCUGUGCCCCAGGGGGCGGGGGAGGGGAGGUUUGAACACCUACUGGCUCCCCAGUCAAUGGCUAUGGACCAACCAUAGAAACACACACACUGGAUUCAAUGUUUGUCUCUCCAUCUGCCCCGCCCCCACCCACAGCAAACACGUGCGUGUGCAGACAACCCAGGUUCGAAGGUGGUUUAAACGGGGCAGGAAAGACACGGACACUGUUCUUUGGGGUCUGACCCUGAAGGUACCUGCUUGUGACUUACAUGCUGGGGUGUCGGCGCCAAGGAGAGGCGGCAGGAAGGGGGCUGGCUGGUCCCCACCCACCUGCGGCCUGAACUUGCAGGCGCGUUUUACCGCGUCUGGCACCUCGCGUCCGGCACGUCCUCUGAGAUCGACGGGCAAGAACUGACCACGCCAGGUUCUAUCUAGCUAGCCUAAUGUGAAGGCGUGGGCUUCCAUUGCGCUCACUUCCCGAGUCCGUCGGCAGAAGGUGGGGGCUGUCGGGGGGGCAAGCCCGUGCCCCGGGCUGUGGGCGGGAGGGUGAAGUCUAUUAAAAUCCUAGCCUUGGUACCUAUGCCAGCCCCUCGCAGCCCCGUGGAUGCCGUAAAAGCCAGGGUGAGCGGACCGUGCUCUCUGCCCUGCGUCGUGUUCACUGUCUCAGAUGAGGGCCUGCCGCUGGGAGCCGCCACCCGGCUGUCCUCUGCGUGAGCCCUGCAGGGGGGAGGCCGGGAGAGGCGCAGCCUCACGGCGGGGAGGCCGCCGUCCAGCAGGGACCCAGCAGGGAGGAGCCGUCGGUGGCCGGCCUGGGCCCCAGCAUGAGAGGAAGGGGAGUGCGGUGUGUCUAUUUGAAAAGCUGCCUCAUUAAACUUAGCUUUGCACUCACGAGGAAUGGAGCCGCCUCGUCUCCUCUCACUCCAUCCAGGGUUUCCAUGGAGACUGGAGUAGCGGCCGGUGCGGCUUCCAGCCCCUCCCAGGCACAGGUGGAGGUAUGCGCACCCCUGCCCGGAGGAGGGGGCAGGCCGGUUUCUCCCAGCCGUGUUCGGGGACGUGACCUUGUUCGCUGGGAAUCAGCCUCGAGGGGAAUGUUUAUUCCAGGGAAAUCUGCAGCUGCUGCAGGUGAGGUCUGUUCUCCACAGAGAGCUGGCGCUGACUGGACGCCACACGCUACACACUACAUGCCACAUGCCACACGCUACACGCUACACAUCACACGCCGCAUGCCACACGCCACAUGCCACCGCCCGGGCAGGGCUCCGAGCGCCACCGAAGCAGAGCGCUCGGCUCCGUCUGUGCGCACGUGGCCGCCCCGAGUUUGAAUUGCCGCCGCCGUGGGUUUCUGUGGCGGUUUCCU